AUGGUGUUUCCAACAUUUUCUGAUAUUGACUAUUUUCAAAAACCCGUAUAUUUUGGGUAGGUCUGGGGAGAUUUUUGAGAUGUAAAAAUAACAAUUUAACGAAUCUUUUUUUUUUUACCAAAUCUCGUUUUUCAAACAAAAUUGUUUCUAAAUUCCACGUAAAUUUUCAAAAUUAAAAUCUAGAAUUUCAGAAUAAGAUAAAAUUCUCCUUGGUGUCAAAAAACCAAAAAAUUUUUGAAUUUCAUUUUACAUUUUUUCAGAUCUGUCCUGAUGUUGGAUCCACGCGAGACCUAUAAUAAAUACGAACGGCGUUCACCGCAUCCGCCGCAAGAAAAUGCCGCACCGCGACUAGCUUGCGAAUAUCGCCGCGACGCACCGACUCCAAAUCAACCAAGAUUGGCUUGUGAAUAUCGCAGAGAGGAUCCGGAAAAUCCGAGAUUUUCGAGAAAUUAUUAUCAGCCAGGAGGAAAUCAUGGUGGAACAACUACAGUAACCUCGUAUUUACCCGAAACAAGGAAGCGGAAAAUUUAGUUUUUAGAAUAGUUUUGAGGAUUUUUGAAGCUCAAAUUUUGAAAAUUUUGACAUUUCUGCCACGUGGAAUUCUUGAAUCUUUUUAGAGUUCUAAUUUCCACGUAUUUUCUAAUUUUCAAAUAUUUUUUCCACGUGGAUAAAAAAUUUAUAAAGAACACGGUACUUUUUGGCCCUAAAAUGUUAAAAAAAAAAAUCAAUUUCUAAAUAAUUUUUUUCUUUAAAACUCCAAUCUUCUUUCUUUGAAAAUUUUCUUUUUUUCAGUUCCCGUCGGUCUCAUCAUUUCCAUCGCAAUUUGCAUUCCAAUCCUACUAGCCAUCAUACUCUUUGCAGCGGUUUGGCUGCAAGAAGUCGGAAUUCUCUAAAAAAAUGUUUUUUUUUUUGAAUUUUUUCCCAAUUUCCCGCCUUUCUUGCCAGUAUUUUCCCCCUUAUUUUUCUCUCGGGUAAAUAAAAAAUUACCAAUAAUGUUUCCCUCUUCUUCAUUUUUCCCCGGCUAAGCCAGUUUCAUGUAAAUUUUUUGUUUGGCCGCUGGCGCAUUUCUCGUGGGAGAAAAAGAAAAAUAGAAGGAGGUGAAUUGAAUUUGUGUAUCUACGUUACUUAAUGGAUUCCUCAAAUUGACUCAAUGAAAUUGGUAUAAACAACUUUUUUCGCAACAAAAAACAGACUCGCAAAAAAUGUAUUGAACAAGAUUACGGUAGAAAUGUUAAAGGAACAUGUGUGUUGGCAACGUGUUGAAUCUCGCAAUGCCAGCGGGAAAAUAAUUUUUGAGAAAAUUCUAGAAGCGUUCAUUCGCAGUUUUCAGUUUUUAGGCGGUUUAGUGUGCAAAGCGAGGAAAAUGGGUUGCAUGCAAAGUCAACAAAGUCUCGCUGAAAGACGAUCGAAGAAAAUAGAUAAAAAAGUGAGUUUUUAGGGCAAAGAAUAGGGUUUUUAGAAUGAAAACAUGUUCGAGCCAAAAAUUACUUUUUCUUUUGUGAAAGGUUGAUUUUAGAUCAGGUUUGCAGCUCAAACUGUAAAUAAGCUGCCAAAUUAGAUAUUUCUUGAAUGAAAAUGCUGUAAGUUUCACUAAAUUCCUUGUUAUUCGCUAAACAUCUGAGUUCUUCUAGGCCUAUAGUUAAGGACAACAUUCCCCGCUUGUUUAACCAAUCAAAAAUCACGAAAAAAUGUUUGCAGAUCCGUCAAGAUGGACUUCUGGCCAAUCGAACCGUCAAACUUCUUCUGUUAGGUGCUGGCGAAUCCGGAAAAUCAACAAUUCUCAAGCAAAUGCGAAUCAUACACGAAUCUGGAUAUACCGAUGCAGAACGACUCGUUUUUCGACCAGUCGUAUUUGGCAACGUAUUCCAGUCGAUAAUGGCAAUCUUGAGAGCCAUGCAGGCACUGAAAAUACAUUUCGCCAAUGCCACAAAAGAAGCAGAUGCUCGCAAAUUCUUGAGUUUUUCGAUGACCGGCGAAGAAGACGAAAUUCCCGAAGAGAUGGCGAUUGUGAUGAAAAGCAUCUGGUCUGAUGAAAAUAUGCGCAGCACACUGGACAGAUCUAACGAAUACUACAUCAACGAUUCGGCGCACUAUUAUUUGAGUCAAUUGGAGCGCAUUUGUGAGCCGGAAUAUGUGCCGACACAGGAUGAUGUUUUGAGAACAAGAAUCAAGACGACCGGAAUCAUUGAGACACAGUUCAAUUAUAAGGAUCGACUCUUUUUGUAAGGAUUUUUAGAGGGUUCUAGGCUAAUUUUUGGAAAAACUAAAAAAUUUCUAAUUUUAUGUGGUGUCUAGGUCAACAAAAACCCCUUAUUUUUUCAGAGUUUUCGAUGUCGGUGGUCAACGUUCAGAACGCAAAAAAUGGAUUCACUGCUUCGAAGAUGUUCGAGCUCUCAUCUUCUGCGUCGCACUUUCCGAAUACGACAUGGUUUUGUUGGAAGACGAGCAAACAAAUCGAAUGCGCGAAUCGCUCAAACUAUUCGACUCGAUUUGCAACAACAAAUUCUUCGUCGAAACGUCAAUCAUAUUGUUUUUGAACAAGAAGGAUUUGUUUGAGGAGAAGAUUCAAAAAUCGCCGUUGACAAUUGCUUUUCCCGAAUAUACUGGUCAGUAUUUUACCUUUUAAGUUUUGAACGAAAAACAACAUGAAAAUCUACUUUAGAACCCAUAAUAUUAAAAAUUAAGUUUAUAUGUCAUUAUCAUCAUCUUUGAACCUUAAUUUUCACUUUAUCCUCGAUUCUCAAAACACUUCCUUAGCUAAAAAAAAUGCAAUCAACUUUUUUGUUUGAACAAUCUGGAUGGUUUUUGUUUCCCCUUUCAUUCAUUUCAAUUACUAAAAGAAAAAAAUCAAAUUAAAAGUUUUUCGAGAUUUGGAUGACGAAUGAAAAAUGAAGAAGAUUUGGAUUUUUUAGGAAUUGAGAAAAGUGAGUUUUUAGAUUUUAAGGUCAUUUUUAAAUAAAAUUUAAUAUUUUUAUGCCAAUCGGAAAAAUUUCUAAACCAAAAAAUAUGCGCUAAAACUCAAAAAAAUUGAAAAUAUUAGCUUAUCAAAAGUCUGAAAAUUAACUUCUAAACCUGCCCAAACUCCAAAACUAUUCAUAAUAUAGCCUAAAACUCCAAAUUGUGUCUUUCCAGGUCGCAACGAAUUCGAUGAGGCCUCGAUCUACAUUCAGCACAAGUUCGAAGAAGUCAACAAACGCGAAGGAACCGAAAAAGAGCUCUACACACACUUCACAUGCGCCACCGACACAAACAACAUCAGAUUCGUCUUCGACGCUGUCUCCGAUAUUAUUAUUCGGGAUAAUUUGCGAAAUUGUGGCCUAUAUUAG